UAGUUUGCGUCUUGUUAAACAACUGUUAUCUUCCUCAGGGUUUAAUUUUCAUAUUGCAUUGUCAUGAUUAACGAUCUUAACUUUUCUUCAAAAACAGUAUAAGGUGUCAGCUUGUUUAAUAUGUGAAGGAACUUUACAGGAAAAUAUUUAUAUAUACAUAAUUUAAUAGAAAGGUUAUUGUUGUGCAUUUCCUUAAAUUGUCACAUUAAAGAUAACUGUCCCUUUAGUUAAGUUUUAAGGAGAUAGAUGGAUAGGAUUUCCGUGAACCGGUUUUCAUUUCGUAGAAAAGGAAGUCAUAAGAAGGAUAAAGAUAAAGAAGAUAGUCAUGAGGAUAAAACUGAUGAAGUUGAACUACCAAAAAUUAAGUACAUAAGUCAGAAAGAGGCUCAGGAAAUAGAACAAGAAUUAUUCACGGAAUAUGCAUUUACAGUUGAUCAAGUUAUGGAGCUUUCGGGAUAUAGUUGUGCUGUUGCCAUAACAAAAUGUUUUCCAGUAGAAAAGAUGACAAAAGAUAGCCAUGCUGUCCUUGUCUGUUGUGGACCUGGAAAUAAUGGCGGUUGUGGACUUGUUUGUGCCAGACAUCUAAAAAUGUUUGGAUAUAAGCCAACAAUUUUCUAUCCAAAUAGACCGAACAAGCCUCUAUUUAACAGCCUGUUUAAACAAUGUGAAGCCUUGGACAUGCCUUUGUUAUCAUUUUUCCCGUCAGAAGCACACCUGAUUACUGAUUCGUACAAUUUUGUCGUGGAUGCAUUAUUUGGAUUCAAUUUUGAUGGUCCUGUACGAACGGACUUUGAGUCUGUGAUGGACACUUUGAAGAAAGUCGAAUCACCAAUUUGUAGUAUAGAUGUACCAUCUGGAUGGGAUAUAGAGUCCGGUGAUGAAAAUGGUUUGAAACCAGAAAUGAUUUUUUCUCUUAUCGCUCCCAAAAACUGUGCAAAAUUUUUCAAAGGCAAACAUCACUUUCUUGGAGGACGUAUUGUACCAAAAACACUUGAAGAAAAAUAUGAGUUAAAUUUACCGGUGUACCCGCGUACAGAUUAUAUUAUUGAACUUAAAGUGGAUAAUGAGGAAACUGAGAACCAAGAGAAUAGUGAUAACAGAAGUGAUAAUUAGGAAAUGGUUUUAGAUACAGACUUUACAUUUAAUAUUUUAAUAUGUUUUUUUUAAAUAUUUUUUGAUAUUGCUAUUUAUUUCUGACAGUGCCAUCAAACUCUUAAAUUGGUUUUCAUGUAUUCUCUUGUAAUUAUUAAUUCAAAAAUGAACCCCACACUGGUUUCACACAAUAUAUUCACAACAUUUAAACGAUUUGAUAGGACUCUUUUAAUGUGGUACAUAUAUUAAACAUUAUUAAGUAUGUUAUUUUAUGAUAAACCGUUUUAGAAUCAUUCAUAUAAGAAUCAUAAUAGCAGGUUAGUAUGGUCUUAAACGACACAAUAUGGAAAUCUGAUAAAAGACAUAUGACCUGUUGAAAUAUUUAACAUAUACUUUACAAUUUCGUUUCUUUUUGCUCUAUAUUAACGGAUAAAGAUAUGUUAUGCUAUUAUCUAACUAAACUUUAUAUAUUUAUGAAAUACAUCGUUUUAACAAGCUUUAACGAUGUUUCGUUUAUUUACAUGUAUUAAAUAUUAAAGGUCUGUAUGGCCAUGACGAUGCAUCUUUGUUUCUCCUCUCAUCUCUGAAAAUAAUAUACUAGUACCAGUAUAGAAGCUUACAUGUACCUGUUUCAGUUGUCUGCAUAAA